AUGGAGGCUGUCAAGGGAAAGGAAAACCUCUUUAGAACGGAACGUCUUCUGUUCCGCGGAGUCGAGAGCAGCGACGCGGCCUUCAUCCACGAGAACAUCGAGAGCGAUCCCGUCAACCACGUUCUCUCCUAUCCAACCCUGGUGGUGCCGCCCAGCACCCAGUCCUCGGCCGGCAUGGUCGCCAUGAUCGAAAAGUCGCUCCUGUCCGUCAUCAUCUGCCUCCAACCAAGUCCCGAUGGAGAUGGAGAAGCCUCCGACACGCCGCAGUCCAACGGCACAAGGCGCGCAGACGACCGCCGAGGCAAGCCCUACACGCAGCAGCUCGUGGAAAACCCGACCCCGAUCGGCUACCUGUGCAUCAACCUUGGCGACCACGCGCUGCCGUUUGACAUGAAGCACAAUGGCAACGCCAGGCUGGGAAUCAUGCUGGCCACCCAGUUCCAGAACAAAGGUUACGGCACCGAGGCGAUCAAGUGGGCCAUCGACUGGUCCUUCCGCUUCGUCCGGAUGCACAGCGUGAGGAUCGAGAGCAUCGGCUACAACCAUCGAGCCCACGCGGUUUACCGAAGGCUGGGGCUCAAGGUCGACGGGCGACUGAGGGAGGCGCACUACCACGACCGAAAGUGGUACGACGUGGUGUGCAUGUCCAUUUUGGAGACGGAGUGGGAGGAUAUGAGGGCGUCGGAGAAGAACAAGUCAGACUGA